GUGCAAAUGAAACAUUCAAGUUUCCUAUUGUUUCAAAAUACUUCUAGAUAAUUCUCCUGUCGAUAUGCAUUCCAUCAAACCGCAUUCAUUACAAUCACUGUGCGCUAUCUCACGAUACAGACAAUAAACGAAUAAACUGUAAUAUUUCAAAUGUCCAUUUUAACAAUAACAAGAAGCUCGUUAUCAGUGGUAGUUACAAAUAGACAACACGGCAGUUUGUGCCGAUUACAACAACCGCAUUGUUAAUUUUGAUUAGAUACAAACGCUUCUGGCCAUGUUGGAAACACUGAAGAAGGCAAAGUCAUUCAUAGGCAUUACAAAAACCAAAGAGGAAUUGGACCUGUCGGAGACCUCUCAUCUUAGAAGGAACUCGCCGAUCAACAGUACUAUGCCAAUACCGAUAAAACAUUCGACCAGAUCUGAUCUAAGUAAAACCCAAGAAAACCUGAGAACUUUGAGCAUGCAAUUGGGCACUUCGAAGAGGCUGAGCAACAAGCACACAUCAAAAGACACUUUAUUACGUGAAUUUUCAAGACUCAAUAUUACAGAAAAAACAUCAGAUACAAGACUGUCUACAGAAAGAAGGUCAUGUGUGAGGAACAAUAGCUUCAGUGCUUCUCAACACUUUGUCAUGAAAAUGGAUAGACAGUCUAGUAAUUGUAGUAGGUGUAACUCAUUUAGUGUCAAACCAAAACCUGUAGAAGUAGUAAAGACUGUACCAAACAGAAAUAAUAAUGUAGCAAAAUAAUGUUAGUAUAUGGAGGGUUUAAAAUAUUUAAAAUUCUAUAAAAUUAGGUUAAGCAUCAAUAAACACCCUUUCACUGUAAUAUAAUUUACAUUUUACAAAUCUGAAUUAACAGUUACAGUUGGAAGCAGAGAUCCAAAACUGCAUACACAGCUAUCCAAGAAAAUGUCAAAAAAUAAAAAAAAUCAGUUUGUGAUACAAAAUCCACGCCAAAAAUCGUACAUAGGUUUAUGAAAUUGACCCAUUGGCAAAAAUAAGAUGUGCGG